CUUGGCUUCAGUCUUGGUAACAGCUGCCCGAAACUUCCGUAUAAGUACGAUUUUUCACACAGAGAGAGAGAGAGAGAGAGAGAAAGGGAAAAGAGACAUUACCAUUACAUUACUAGUGUUGCCAUUACCCGCCGAUCUUUUCAAAGUAGAAAGAGAAGACGCACAGACGAAGAACCAAAGAUCCGAUCAGAUCUACUCAAAUCAAUCUCUCUCACUCCGUCGAUUCUCUCUCUAUAUCUAUAUUACGUAUAUAUAUCUACUACACCUUCAUCUCUUGUCGAUUAUAUUCGUUGUUCUAGCUAAAUAAAAAUCCAUUCUGUUUCUACUCCCUCUCUCUCUAUAUAGUUUUUGUUUGUAAAUCCACUCGGCCGAAUCGAUGUGCCAUUUCUAGGGUUUUUUAUGUGUCAAGUUAGGGUUUUUAUUUCAGGAGGGUGAGAUAUGUGUGAGAGAGAUCUUGAAUUAGGGUUUGCAAAGGCCUCACCUUUGGGGCUUUAAUUGCACAGUUUUUGUUGUGCGAGUGCAUGAAGAUUUGGUGUUGUUUAUGUUUCGGCGAGGAAAAGGAAGAAGAUAAUAAAGAGAUGAUGAGGAGGGAGGGCAUUUUUGGAAAAGAGAGUGAAGAAGGAAAGUCUGAGGAUAUGGAAAACGAUGAAUCUGGUAGGGGUAGAUUUUCAUUGGAGAGGUUUUCUGAGUUACGGCCAUUGGCGGAUGAUGUAGAUGGAGAGAGUGCUCACUCUCUUGGUGGUGAUGGUGCUGGAAGUUCGGAUCAGUUCGCCUCCGCCUCCGGUAGUGGUCAGGACAUGGUGGAGCUUAAUUUGGCUUUGGCUUUGGCUGGAGAGCCUUCGUCCUCGUCACCUGCAUUGGACGCAGAGAAUUUUCUUCGGGAUUCUCAUAGUAAACGUCCUAAAGUUCAUUCUUUUUCUCUAGACUGGGAUUGCCAUUUUGCAGCUGCUGCAUCUUCUGAUAUUGACAAUUAUAUUUUGCAUGGGAGGGACUACAAUAAUCUGGCUUCCUUUACCAGUGGUACACAUGGUCUUUCUCCAAUGUUAAAUGAUAGUGGUGAAGAGAAUCUCCUUGAUUCUAGCAAUAGGAGGGAAGAUGGUACUUCAAAAAUGGAAGAUUUAGAAGUUCGAAUGGAUCUUACUGACGACUUAUUGCAUAUGGUUUUCUCGUUCUUGGACCACAUCAAUCUUUGUCAAGCUGCUAGGGUCUGCAGGCAGUGGCGGGCAGCUAGUGCCCAUGAAGAUUUCUGGAGGUUUUUGAAUUUUGAGAAUAGGAACAUUACCGUACAACAAUUUGAGGAUAUGUGUCUCCGCUAUCCAAAUGCCACUGAAGUUAACAUUUGUGGUGCUCCUUCUAUUCACUCACUUGUUAUGAAAGCAGUUUCUUCAUUAAGAAAUCUCGAGGCUUUAACCUUGGGGAAAGGACAACUAGGGGAACCUUUUUUCCAAGCCCUAACAGAGUGCCAUAUGUUGAGAAGUUUGAUUGUUAAUGAUGCUGCUCUAGGCAACGGUAUUCAAGAGAUACCCAUAUACCACGAGAGAUUGCGGCAGCUUCAAAUUGUGAAGUGCCGUGUGCUUCGUAUCUCUAUCAGGUGCCCGCAGCUGGAAACCUUGUCUUUGAAGCGCAGUAGUAUGGCACAUGCUAUACUCAUCUGCCCUCUUUUGCGUGAUCUUGAUAUAGCUUCCUGCCAUAAGCUUUCAGAUGCUGCAAUUCGUUCAGCAGCAACAUCAUGCCAGCAUUUAGAGUCUUUAGAUAUGUCAAAUUGUUCGUGUGUUAGUGAUGAAACACUUCGUGAAAUAGCCCUAACUUGUGGUAAUCUCCAUGUUCUGAAUGCAUCCUACUGUCCAAACAUCUCUCUUGAGUCUGUAAGACUGCCAAUGUUGACAGUUCUCAAGCUUCACAGUUGCGACGGCAUAACUUCAGCUUCCAUGGCUGCAAUAUCUCAUAGUUACAUGUUGGAGGUUUUGGAACUUGAUAAUUGCAGCUUGUUGGCAUCAGUGUCCUUGGAGCUUCGACGUCUUCAGAACAUAAGACUCGUGCACUGUCGCAAGUUUGUUGAUUUAAAUUUACGAAGUCUCAUGCUGUCGUCUAUUACGGUGUCCAAUUGCCCUUCUCUCCAACGUAUCAACAUCACAUCAAAUUUGCUUCAAAAAUUAGUGUUGCAAAAGCAAGAAAGCUUAACAACAUUGGCAUUGCAAUGUCAGUGCUUGCAAGAAGUGGACCUUACAGAUUGUGAAUCUCUGACAAAUUCCAUAUGUGAAGUUUUUAGCGAUGGUGGUGGAUGCCCUGUGCUAAAAUCAUUAGUUCUUGAUAACUGUGGGAGCUUGACGGCUGUUGGAUUCUGCAGUACUUCUUUAGUUAGCCUUUCCCUUGUUGGUUGCCGGGCUAUUACUUCCCUUGAACUCAAAUGCCCUUAUCUUGAGCAUGUUUCUUUGGAUGGCUGUGAUCACCUCGAAAGAGCAUAUUUUUGUCCUGUUGGUCUUCAGUCACUGAAUUUGGGAAUAUGUCCCAAACUUAAUGUACUCCAUAUUGAAGCACCACGCUUGGUGUUACUUGAGUUGAAAGGAUGCGGUGUAUUAUCUGAAGCUUCCAUUGCUUGCCCUCUCUUAACGUCUCUGGAUGCUUCCUUUUGCAGCCAACUCAAGGAUGAUUGUCUGUCUGCAACAACUGCAUCAUGUCCUCUCAUUGAAUCAUUAAUAUUGAUGUCUUGCCCAUCUGUUGGUUCUGAUGGGCUCUUAUCUCUGCGAUGGCUUCCAAAUUUGACAUUGCUUGAUUUAUCCUACACUUUUUUGAUGAACUUGCAACCUGUUUUCGAGUCCUGUUUGAAGUUAAAGGUUUUGAAAUUGCAAGCAUGCAAAUAUCUCACUGAUUCAUCACUGGAGGCUCUUUACAAAGAAGGUGCCCUUCCCUCCCUUUGUGAGUUGGACUUGUCAUAUGGUACCCUCUGCCAGUCUGCCAUAGAGGAGUUACUUGCUUUCUGCACACAUCUAACUCAUUUGAGCUUGAAUGGAUGUGUGAAUAUGCACGACCUGAACUGGGGUUUUAGUGGAGAUCAGCUUUCUGAGCUGCCUAGCAUCUAUGGCUCAUCUGGCUCAUCUUCUCAAGAUGAUAUCCACGUGAUGCUUGAGCAGCCCAAUCGUUUGUUGCAAAAUCUCAACUGCGUUGGUUGCCCGAAUAUUAAGAAAGUUCUCAUUCCUCCAAUGGCACGUUGUUUGCACUUGUCAUCAUUAAAUGUUUCCCUGUCUGCAAAUUUGAAAGAAGUUGAUAUUGCUUGUAUUAAUUUGUGUUUUCUUAAUUUGAGCAAUUGUUGCUCCUUGGAAAUUUUAAAGCUCGAUUGUCCAAGGUUGACUAGCCUUUUUCUUCAGUCUUGCAACAUUGAUGAAGAAAUGGUUGAAGCUGCUGUAUCACAAUGUACCAUGCUGGAGACUCUUGACGUCCGCUUUUGUCCAAAGAUUGGUGCAAAACAACUAUUGAUUUACCUUCGUACUCUAGUCAAUUGUAAGUAUUUUUGUUGUUUAGAAUUUUGUAAAUAUUUAUUUUAGAAAUAUUCUCUCCAACUAAUAGAUAUGCUCGGUGAGCAUGGGAAGGUUACGUUCAGCAUGCCCCGGUUUGAAGCGCAUCUUCAGCAGCCUGUCACCCACAUGAUACAUCCGCGUAAUCGUUGUCUUUCUUUGAGUGCUUGUAUGCUUUAGUUGCACGAGGUAGCUAGCAUGAGGCCCUCUAAUGUAUUUGUAAAUGUCCAGUCGUCAGUUUGUUGCUAUUAUAUUUGGUUGUAAUGUUUACUUCACGUUGUUCUUCUGAUUUGAGCGAAACAAUAAGCCUUGUUCUUUAUAUAUUAAUCAUUAUUGUUUGUCCAUCA